CAGGAGCACUGAGGACACAGGAAGGAAGUGGGGCUGGGCUGUAUUGAGUGUUCAUGGAGCCCAAAGUCAUUGACAUCUAUUGUUCCAGCAAAAGUUCCAGUUCACAGGCAUUUAUGACCUAACAAGCUUCUAGUGGAUGGUUUAUGUUGAAGAAACUUUUUUAUUAUUAUUAUUAUUAACUAGUCUAGUAAAGUUAUUUUUUUUUUAGGGAAAAGAUUGCCAUCAGACAGACUGUACAACACGUCUCCACUGAACUACCAAAAACAAAGCUUCUGUAGACGUUUGAUUGAGGAUAUCCUUUAGAGACAGAAUUGUUUUCCUUCACACGUUCCUGAUUGUUGUGGGCUAAUGAGUGAAAGUGAGCAGUUCCCACAGAGGUCCUCCAGACGGGAUUUUGCAGAAAAUUCUUUUAAAAGAACUCCUGGAUUAUACACCAAGGAAUGAUGUGCCUUUUCCAACUGGAAUUCAGUGUAUUAAACAAAAACAUCUAAAAACCAUCAAUAACAAUGCUGGGAAGUAAAGCCAUUCAUGUAGCUGUUUGGGUAGCAUGUGGAAUAUUGAAUACCAUGGUGGCAGACACAUGGGAAUGUAGCAUCAAAGUUGUGAAAACAAUUUCUACCACAGACUCAAUACAAAUCAUGCUGGAUAAUGAAGAUGUGAAAUGCCAAUAUACAGUUUCUGUCAGGGAGAGACACAAUGACUCUAAAGAUUGUCAUCAAGACCAGGAACAUUCCUCACAUUUUGAAUGCAAAACUGAAAAUUUAGAUCCUGGGACAUGGCAUCACCUGGAUAUAACAGCAAAGUUUGGUGAAAACCAACAGACUCAACACAAUCUCUCCCUGCCAACUAGACCUUCAGCAGUGGAAAAUCUCAGGGUUUCUGGGGAUGUGAACAGCCUGGAAGUUUCAUGGCAGCCUGGUCCAGGCAAAAUAGAGGGAUAUCGAAUCAUGCUCAUAGACAGCAAUGGCAUGGGUUCAAUCUGGAAUGCAACAGUUGUGAACACGACCACCUCUUAUACAAUAAAAGGGCUUAUUUCUGGACGACUCUACAACAUCACUAUCAUUACAGAGUUCGGAGAGCUACAGAAUUCAGUGUCUAGACAAGCACAAACAGUCCCAGCUGCUAUCUCUAACCUCAGAGUGGAGAACAAUGGCAACCAGAACACCCUCAGGGUUCUGUGGGAUAAAGCCUCGGGUGAUGUGGACAGUUACCUUGUCAAUCUGACAUUACCUGGUUCAAACUCUUUUGAGAAAGACCUGUCCCCUAGUAGUACAGAUGUGAUGUUUGACAGUCUGAGUCCUGGAAAGAGCUACCAGGUAUCAGUCAGCACCAGGAGUGGAACACUUUCUAAUAAGACAUGGAUCACAGGAAAAACUGAACCAGGGAAGGUGUCAGAUCUGGUGAUGGAGAAUCUCUUUGAUCGUGGCAUGCUCAAGAUCACCUGGACACCACCUCCCGGAGAAUGGGAGCACAUACGUGUGGUGCUGUCAAAUGGAAGUGAAAUCCUGGUUAACCAAACUGUGAACAGAAUGGCAAAGGAAAUACUUUUGUCAGGGUUACAUCUGCAGCCUGGCAGAGUGUACAGCAUGGCAGUCAGUGUAGAGAACUGCGGCCUGGCUAAUACUGUCUAUUACCAGGGGGAAAUAGGUCUUCCGCCAGUAUCUCAGCUGCACAUCCGUCACUCAGACCAGACCUCCCUAAGCGCUCUGUGGACUCACUCCUUUGGCUCAUCAUCCCGUGAUCGCUACAUCAUUCAGCUUUUCCAGAGCAACACUUCUACAGUUAUUCAGACACGAACCUUGAGCCGUGACAUGAGAGAGUGCACCUUUAACGUUCUUACGCCUGGUCGCCUGUAUGACAUUACUGUAACCACCAUCACACAGAACAUUCAUAGUUCUGCUACACUAAAGGGAAGAACACUGCCUUUAAAGGUGAAUCACCUGAAACUAAGUAACAUGGGAAAUACAGACAGUCUGAAUGCCAGCUGGGAGAAACCGCUUGGGGAUCUGGAUUUCUACCACUUGCUGCUGUUACGGGGCGAACAGACGGUGCACAAUGUUUCUGUUCCAGCAAACACAACCUCCACCCUGCUCCCAUUCCUCAGACCCGGUGCUUUACACAAGUUAAUGGUUACCACUGUCAGCGGAUCACAGACCUCCAAACUAGCCGAGGCUGAAUGCCGUACAGUGCCCACUGCUGUUUCUGACAUCUCUGUCACUAACAGUGGUCCAGACUUUCUGAAUGUAUCGUGGAAGGCAGCAGAAGGAGAUGUGGACAAUUACAUGGUGAUGUUGAAGGACCAUGAGAAGAUCGUACACACACUCGCUACGUCUAAAGCAACCACGGAGUGUGUGUUCAGAAGCCUGGUUUCCGGCCGACUGUACACCAUCUCCAUCACCACACACAGCGGCAGUUACAGGAACCAAACGCUUGUACAGGAGAGAACACAGCCAUCCACAGUCCAAAACCCCACUGCCAUCCACUCAGCCAGAGAUGACUUUCUAAAGGUUUACUGGAAUCAUGCCUCUGGGGAUUAUGACUAUUAUGAAGUGGCGAUCGAGUAUAACAGCACACGUCUUCAAAGUCAGAAGCUUAAUAAGACACAACGUGAGUGUGUAUUCAGUGAUUUGGUUCCGGGACGUCUCUACACCGUGACCAUCAGCACUUGGAGUGGGCAAUACAACUCUACCAUCUCUAUACAUGGCCGAACAUUCCCGGGUGCUGUGGGUAAUUUGUCCCUGACGGAGUGUGGAAGCAGUUUUUUGAGGGUGAACUGGACGUCUGCUCCAGGAGAUGUCGAUAAUUAUGAGGUUCAGAUUCUCUUCAAUGACACGCAGGUGUCACCAGCUGUGAAUCUGAGCAGCACAGUUAGGGAACACCUGUUCUCCACGCUCACACCAGGCCGUCUCUACAAGAUGGUGCUGUCUACUCACAGCGGGUCAUACCAGCGUGCCGAGAUCCUUGAGGGCCGCACGGUGCCCAGUCAGGUUCGGAGUGUCCGUCUGACUGCUGGCACUGCAGACGGCAGUCUCAGAGCCUCUUGGUCCUCUGGCGAUGGAGACAUGGACUUCUACUCAGUGUUUCUGUUUCGGGAAACACAUGUCCAGGACUAUAAACAUGUCCCUAAACACAUCACACAGACAGAAUUUCACAACCUACAACCUGGUCAACUGUAUUCAGUUACUGUGCAGUCGGUCAGUGGAACACGGACGAGCAACAGCACAAUUAGUGGCAGAACUGACCCCUCCGCAGUCACCGGUCUGCGGGCAGAUAAUGAACUCAGCACACACAGUCUGUUGGUGAGCUGGACGGCAGCUGUGGGUAUUUCUGAUGGAUACAGUCUCCAGUUACUAGAUGACAAUGACACAGUGAUUGCCAACGCCUCUGUGCCCGCCAAUAACAACAGCUACCUGUUUAAGAAUUUAACUCCAGGAAGAUGGUACAAAGCACACGUUCAGACAGUCAGUGGCAAUGCCAAAAGCAAAGACGUCACCACUAAGGGACAAACACGUCCAGCAGCAGUGACUGGACUACACAUAUGCUCCAACACAAGCAGUGAACUUUCAAUCUGCUGGGCUGCAGCGGAGGGCUGGGUUGACGGGUAUGAUCUUGAUCUAUAUGAUCAGGACAAUACCCUACAGUCUCACAAGAAACUCGGAAAAGAUGCUGUGAACUGGUCCUUCACACACCUGCUGCCAGGAAUGCUGUAUAAAAUGAUGAUCAUCAGCAGGAGUGGGAAGCUGACCAGUCAGUCAUCUAUAUGGGCACGUACAGCUCCUGCCUCAGUCAUAGACCUACAUAUUGACAAUCAGGAUCAAAUGGACAGUCUUCUUCUAAGAUGGACACGUGGUCCUGGAGCACUUACUGGAUAUUCAGUCACUGUAGAUGGCUUUGAGCAGCGUUUGGGCCCAGAGAGCAUUCAGGUGAUCUUCCACAGACUAGUAGCUGGUCGGCUUUAUCCUGCUACGAUUCAAACUUGGAGUGAAGAUCUGACCAACACUACAACUGCAGAAGGGCGCACAGUUCCUGCACCACCAUCAUCAAUGUCCGUCAGCAGCUCUACCGGCUCAGUGGAGAUAAAGUGGCAUGUCCCUUAUACAGGAGACUAUGAUGAUUUUGAAGUGACAUGGUUUCCUCAGGACACACUUCAGGUUUCUCGUCUUAAUUCCACUCAGCGUAUACUCAGAGGACUUCAUCCAGGCCGGCUCUAUAAUAUCAGCCUUCGGACUGUCAGUGGGAAGACACCUAGUCCUGUGACCUACAGCAGUCCUGUUUAUCACACUGUCAGAACCCCUCCACAUCCAACUCCAAGCAUCCACUGUUACCCUUUGAGCUCCACCUCUGUCUCCUGUUCCUGGAUGCCUCCAGAGUCCGAUUAUGACUCUUAUGUUGUGGAAUGCCGCAAACAGGGUUCCAGGACGCCGGUGUACACUUACACACUGGGACACAAUACUCGCUCGCAGCAUUUCGACAAGCUGGAACCCUUCAGAAACUACACCAUUUACAUCACAGUGAUGUCUGGAGACAAGCAGAGUUCAAUCACAAAAAACAGUGUUAUCACUAUGAUUGACAGGCCCCCCAUCCCACCGGUGACGGUACGGGUCAGUGAGCGGUCCUCUGUCAUCACCCAUUUCACCAUCCUGUUUAAUUUCAACUGCAGCUGGUUCAGUGAUGUUAAUGGAGCCAUUCGUUUCUUCACAGUAAUCGUCACAGAGUCAAAUGAUGUUGAUAAUGUUCUGCCGGAGCAUAGACAUCCUCUGCCAUCUUAUUUGGACUACAGACAAAACCACUCCAUCAAAGCGUACCAGACCGGCUACUUUCACAGCCUGUGUGCAGAGGGAUCUGACGGCAGGAUCCGUGUUUUUGAGAUAAACCUCGGAGCAGGGAUGAAACGUUUGGGGGGACCUUGCAAAUGGGAUCCAGAAUCUAUCCAGCAUGGGACGCAUCUCUGUGACGGGCCGCUCAAACCCAGAACAUCAUAUCGAUUAAGUGUUCGUGCCUUCACUCAACUGUUUGAUGAAGAAUUUGCACAUCCCCUUUACACCGACACUUACCUCUCCCUCCCACUAUUAACUCUAUCAGCGCCACGAAAUGGCCUUACAGGUGGAAUCACGGCUGCUACAUUUCUAGUCGCUAUGGUGCUCGCUGUGACCGCCUUACUGAUUUACAGAAAGAGGGCUCACAAAAUAGCUGUGCAGGAAAGUCCAGUGAUGAAAAUGUGCAUGUGGAAGGCCUUGCCUACCUCACAGAUGUGCUCAGGCAUAAGAAGCCCAAUCCAAGCAGCCCACUUUGAGUCCCAUCUUGCUAAACUUCAAGCUGAUUCAAGUUACCUUCUAUCUGAAGAGUUUGAGGGCCUAAAGGACGUGGGACGGAUUCAAACUCAGACUGCUGCACGUCUACUUGGGAACAGAAGCAAAAAUCGAUACAACAAUAUACUACCCUAUGACUCAACCCGGGUAAGACUGUCUUGUUUGGAGGAUGACCCCUGCUCAGACUACAUCAAUGCUAACUACAUACCUGGAAACAAUUUCAGAUGGGAGUAUAUUGCUACACAAGGGCCUCUCCCAGGCACCAAAGAUGAUUUCUGGCGUAUGGUGUGGGAACAAAAUGUGCACAGCCUUGUAAUGGUAACCCAGUGUGUGGAGAGAGGCAUGGUGAAGUGUGAUCGUUACUGGCCGAUUGACAGUGAGCCUUUGUAUUAUGGUGAUGUUGUGGUGCAACUGCUUUCUGAGAAGGUCCUCCCAGAGUGGACAAUUCGGGACUUCAAGAUAUCGUGUGAGGGUCAGUUGCGAUACCCCAGGAUGGUGCGUCAGUUCCAUUACACCAUUUGGCCAGAUCACGGAGUACCGGAGACAACCCAAUCGCUCAUUCAGUUUGUGCGCACAGUCAGAGAUUACAUUGACAGGACAACCAGUCCUGGAGUCACUGCAGUACACUGCAGUGCUGGUGUGGGCCGAACUGGCACUUUCAUUGUGCUAGAUCGUGUUUUACAGCAACUAGACAGGAACUGCACAGUGGACAUUUAUGGCUGUGUGUUUGAUCUACGUCUGCAUCGCUCACAUAUGGUACAAACUGAGUGUCAAUAUGCUUAUAUCCAUCAGUGUGUGCGGGAUGUUUUGAGGGCUCGUAAACUUUGCUGUGAACGAGACAACCCUCUUUUCCCCAUCUACAACAACUUAUUAUAAACAGUUUGUGUAUACAGGAUCAAGAAGACAUUUCCCCUUAUUGAACAAGAACAGAAGAUAAGCUUUUGUAUUUCAUCAAUAUUUUAAAUAGCUGUGCAUAACAAAGAUAUAUGCUUUAUUUUUAUACAACUUUUUCAUGACAUGUAGUACACACUGUAAUUAUUUAUGUUUUAUGCUACUUUUGUUUAAUAUAUCUAUUUAGACUACUGGCACUUUCUGUAAUUUAGUAUUGAUUUUCUUAAAUGCAUAAUGCAUGACAUACUGUAUGAACUUUCAUUCUUCUGUAGCUUGGAAAUAAAAAUCACAAAUGUUCUCUAAUGGACUCCCUCAGUACUCUAGCAAAAGUGUUAAAUAAAAGAAAUAAGAUUUUAGCUUUUUUACUCUGUACAAUAGUUUCUUUCUUAUGUAAAGAUAGUCCUGCUAAUGAACCUGAAUAUGUUCAUUCAAUGUAUUUUGGAUAAGUGGUAUUUAGUAAAUGUUAACGUAUGAGUGAUGUCAAAAACACUUUGUGACCUCCAA